CUUUUGACGGCGGCGUCUGGAGGCACUGUGGUGGCGCGUUCCGCAGGAGGCCACUAUUUCUCCUAAACGUGUGCUUAGCGCGUGAGAGAAUGACUGUCUAGCAGAGUGGGGCCAAAAAUCCACCGAAUCGUAGCUCGCGCCCUUUACGUGGUCAAAUCAGAGUGUCUCUCCGUGCCACUUUGGUUGACAUCGAAAACUGUGAGUCGGCCGCGAUCGUAGCACCGUGAGUUUCGCGAGGAUCCGUGAGCUGUUCUGAGUGCCGCCGGGGAGAAGCAGUGAGAAAAUUAGAAAAACACCGAGCAAAGGGGAAUAAAAGUGCGUGGUGCUUGUGUUCGCGUUCGGAUUCCCGAGGAAUUUACACCUGUUCGUAGAACUCAUGACUUUCAACAACACAGAUUGAUACCAACGCACGGUGGUGCGUUCGAGCGGGGACAACCUCGAGAGGCGACUCAGGUCGCUCUCGGACGUGCUCACUUCUGGAUCUUCAGAUCGAAUGAGGUUCUAUGAACCCUGAAAAGGUCACGGCGUGAAGAGAACUCCGCGGACGUGGCGAACCCGUUCUUCAAGAUGCUGAUGCGGCGGAUACACCGUGGCGGCGUCAUGUGGAAGUUGGGAGGGGCGAUGGUGUUCUCGUGGCUGCUGUUAACACUAUUUGCCUCGACUCAUAAGGACAUUAUUGAGGAUGCCAAUCACGUGUUCCAGCCUCAGCAAGCGCCCGUGCAGCCGCAGGAACUCAAUGACGUGGCCGACGAGCCUCUGGACAACGCGGAAGAACGCAGACCACCUCUUGCCAUACGCCGAGAUCACAAACAGGGACCUUGGGCGCUACCUCAAAACAAGCUCGACGAAGGACAAGGCGUAAUCGCGCUACCGGGCGACGUGAACGCGCCCGGAGAAAAUGGCAAGGGCGUAAUAGUACCAACGAAUUUGACGGGCGACGCCAAACGACGCUUGGACAUCGGGUGGCAGAAUAACGCGUUCAAUCAGUACGCCUCGGACAUGAUCUCCUUGCACCGGAGCUUGCCGGACAUGCGCGAUCCAGGGUGCAAGACUCAGAAAUUCAGACGAGAUUUGCCGCAGACAAGUGUCAUCAUCUGUUUCCAUAACGAAGCUUGGAGUGUUUUGAUGAGAACCGUGCAUUCAGUCAUCGAUCGUUCACCGAAGAACCUCCUGAAAGAAAUAAUCCUCGUCGAUGAUUUCUCGGACAUGAAGCAUUUGAAGGAACAACUCGAAGACUACACGAGGAAGCUGGGAAUCGUCAAGAUUGUUCGAGCCUCAAAACGGGAAGGCUUGAUACGAGCCCGUCUACUGGGUGCCAAAUUCGCCACGGCGCCAGUGCUCACGUAUCUAGAUUCACACUGCGAGUGCAGCACAGGAUGGCUCGAGCCGUUGCUGGAUCGCAUUGCAGAAGCCGAUACAAACGUAGUCUGCCCUGUGAUUGACGUCAUCAGCGACAGCACAUUCGAAUACCCUCACCGCCGAGCGGGAUACACCGUGAACGUGGGAGGAUUCGAUUGGAACCUCCAAUUUAGCUGGCAUUCGUUGCCCCAAAGAGAUAAAGACGCGCGUAAGCAAUCGUGGUCUGCCGUGCCGUCGCCGACAAUGGCCGGAGGUCUCUUCUCGAUCUCGAAAGCGUACUUCGAGAAGCUCGGACUCUACGACAGCGGUUUCGAUAUCUGGGGUGCUGAAAACCUCGAGCUUUCAUUCAAGGUCUGGAUGUGCGGAGGACGUUUGGAGAUUGUUCCCUGCUCACAUGUAGGCCACGUAUUCCGCAAGCGAUCGCCUUAUAAGUGGUUGAAAGGAGUGAAUGUCUUGAAGAAAAACUCGGUCCGUUUGGCGAAAGUUUGGAUGGACGAGUACGCCCAAUAUUACUUCGAUCGAAUAGGACCCGACUUGGGAGACUACGGCGACAUUUCCGAGCGUGUCGAGCUGCGUAGAUCGUUGAAUUGUAAAUCGUUUGAUUGGUACGUGAAGAAUAUCUAUCCCGACCUCUUCAUUCCGGGUGACGCUGCAGCGUCCGGAGAAGUUCGAAACUCUGGCUUUGAAAGGAAAUGGUGUCUCGACAGUGCCGCGACCGUUCACGCCACAGUUUCUGUGUACCCUUGUCACGGGCAAGGCGGGAAUCAGUAUUGGCUGUUCUCGAAAACGGGUGAAAUUCGAAGAGACGAACUGUGUCUCGACUAUUCAGGCGGUGACGUGGUUCUCUAUUCCUGUCACGGAUCGAAGGGCAAUCAAUACUGGCGCUACGACCCAAUGACAAAGCAGUUGAGACACGGGAGCAGCGAAAAAUGUCUGGCGAUAAAUGAAUAUAAAACGGGAGUGACCAUGGAAACCUGCGGUCCGACGAGCCGACAACAAUGGAACUUUGUAAACUACAAUGCGUCGAAAAUAAUCGAGGAUUGAACGCAAUGGAGAAGCUCGAGGCGAGCGGAGGAGGUUGGCCGUCAGGGCGGCAUUUCGGACAAAAGCAUGGACGCACCGGGGGGAAAGAAUUAAACACGUCAUCUUCCCUUAAUUCAUAAUCGAUGUCCAUUCCCUUUGGAGUUACCUCUCGGGAGUCACGGCUGCGACGAUGGUGGCGAUGAUGAGCAUUACGACGGAAACGGCUUCCAAUCGGACAUCAGUCUCAUCCAUUCGAACCGAAACACCGGAGACGUUUCAGGAAGUUAGGAGGGAAUUCUCUCUCCAGACCCUCGGCUGGCUCGUCCGCAAUCCGCGUCAUGCUAAUUCGUGACUUUACGACUCAGAAAAUUUCAUCCGAACGAUGCUG